AUGACAGCGUCAUCAAUACCCAACCUCUCCACCUUCCGCCGCGGAGGCUCACGUCUCCGGGGCCGCGGACAUGGCGACAAUCCCUCAACCCCCACCACCACGACCGAUCACCGCAUCGCCAACCCACCCCACCCCUCCGCCAUCAAAGACCGCAUCAUCCGCGCCACCGACACCGACGCCGCAACAUCCCGCCUCUCCGCCGUAAAGGCCGGCUACCUGGACGACCCAUUCGCCCACCACCUCUACUCACACGUCUCCGUUGACGGAAAGUCGCCUCGUCGACUCCCACUGAUGAAUCGUGGGACGUAUACGCGGACGGUGGCGGAAGCAAAUCAUCAGCUAGGUGCUGGGAGCGAUACGCGCUUCUUUCGAUUGCGGAGGAAAUACCCCGGGUUGGAUUUGAUGUAUUACGAGCUGGACAUGUUGCAGAACGUGCAGGCCAAGAUCCGACAUCUGCGGUCUGCGGCAUUUGCGAAGGCGUACGAGGAGCACUGUCACAGGAAAUGGGAAUUCACUGUCUCGGAGUCUGCUGAGGGAGAGGCCACAUCGUUACAGGCGAAUGGAUACACACUGAUGGCAAUGAAUUUGCGCGAAUUAGUGAAAGCAACUACCUCAGACGACGGUCCAGCCACGACACCACCACAGACAUCAACCCUGCAGUUUGAUGCGGCUGUUCCGACACUGCUGCUUUCUGAGAUGGCGCUCUGCUACCUAACACCAAGCUGGACAACCCAAAUCCUCAACCACUUCACCCACACCCUCGUUCCGCCACCAACGCCCCUAUCCAUCGUCCUGUACGAGCCUAUAAACCCACACACCGCCUUCGGCCGCACUAUGACUUCGAACCUCGCCUCCCGCGGAAUCUCUCUGCCUACUCUCGAGGCCUUCGUGAACGGCCAAGAAGCAGUAGAUCUGAGCUGGGUGUGGAAGAACUGGGUCGAUGAGGAGGAGAAAGAGCGGGUCGGGGAGCUGGAGUGGAUGGACGAGGUGGAGGAGAGUGAGUUGUUGGGGUCGCACUAUGCGCUGAUUUGGGGGUGGCGGAGUGGGAGGCAGGUCCAGGGCCAGUCGAUGUGGGCGGAGCUGAAGACGCCGGAGGGUGGGAGAUGA